AUGCCCAUCAAAGCGAUGCUGGGCAGCUUCACUUCAGUCAAUCAGCCGCAGGUUCUCAGUGCGAGUGAGAUAGCGAAGAAGGGUAGAACCUUCCCCACUAGGACAUCACCACUUUGGCCGUUCGACUUCAGGUCCCCAGUGCGAGUGAGUCUCGUCAAGUUCUUUCUACUUGUCCGUCACUGCCAUUAUGUGCCACGCCCCACAGGGAAUGUUUCCCUCCUUCACGUUACUAGCCGAGAUCUCUCUCGACUAGCCGACCGUGUCUUGCAGAGGUGGCCUAGAAGCAUCUCCAGUAGCCCUGCGCGAUACUUCGACCAUCCUCCACUAACCAAGCUUGUGUCUCCAGUUUUGCAGACCUCCCGAGCACCCGUAGCUACGCCUUAA